ACCCUCUUUGCUUCCUCCGCGAGUUCCCUAGACUUCACAAUAAGCCAGCUCUUUGUCCCAUUCACAAGGUAACCAAACUUUUGACCUUCCUUACUCAAUUGCCUGUACCAGUUGUAUAACUGCACUAUACUCCCUCCUCCAGCUGAGUCGUCUGCAAGCCACACCUGUUUAACCAAUGGGCAAUGAUCCCUCAAAUUCUGUAUCAUUAUGGAUGUAUUAAGUGCGUACCAUGGCAUCGCUGGCGGAUCUCCUUGUGUGGUGCCUUCUCGAGAAAGUAUUUCACCUCCCCCACAAAUAAACAGUCUAGAUUAUUAUUUUUAUUUUGCUUUGUUUAUUAUUAUUAUUAUUAUUAUUAUUAUUAUUAUCGGUGAGAUUCCGUUCUGAAUUUUCAUCAUGUUGCUCGUAAUACAAGAAAGUUUAUGACGAUUCAUUUUCAUUUGUUUAAUCUUUAACUUUGCUAGUAAGGCAUGGUUUCACGCGUGAGGCAAAUGCAAAUGCAGAUGGCCAUGUUGUGACAAGGAAUCUUAAAAUAGAGUUUUAAAGCUGCGAAAGAGGGCGGCUAGGGUUAUUCUCUCUUCCAAAAAUGAUUCGCCAUCUGUACGGUUUGUCAAUAAUUUAAAUUGGAUUCCUUUUUAUGAAGAAAAGUUUUCAAACUUAUUCCAGGUACUUUACCCAAUUUUUUAUAGGGACAUGUUAUUGUUAAUAAUCAAGUUUAUACUUGAAAUACUAGAUAUGUUAAAUAUAACUUAGUUUGUCCUAAGUAUGUACGUGAGACAGCGGGUGGAAAGUCCUCUUUAGUUCGAUCUUGUAAGCGGAAUGAUUUGGCUUUAGAAAUUACACGUCGGUAUUCGCUUCCUGCUUGUAAGAAGAGUUCAAGGAAUAUAUUUAAAAAAAAAACAGCUUAGCUUAAACCAUUUUCACAUUUAGUUCGAUUAAUUGUUUUUAUUUGUAUUUUUAUAGAUUUUUUCAUUUAUAUACAUUUAACUUUUAGAUAUGGGUAAUUUUAGUAAAUUAAUUUAUUCGAGGGCCACAAGUUUAAUAGCUAGUGUUUACUUCGCUGCCCAAGGGUUUUCACUGAGCCGUGGUGGCAUGGAACAGAUGAAACCUGUUUUUUUUGUUUUGCUUUGCUUUGUUUUUUUGUCUUGCGUUUGCGUUUUCCUGGUUCACACUUGUGAAUUAUGUAAGGGAAAGAAAACGAAAAAAUUUCCAUUUCUUGCGUCGGUAAUCCACGCGUUUCCUUUUGUAUUUGUGUCGCUCGUGUGAACCAAGCAUAAUUGUUAGUAAUUUUGUUUUCUUUAGGUUGGCUGCCUCUGCCAAGUCAGAAAUUACCGCAUAGAGUACUCUCCCGAGCUCAGUGAGCUGGAGCUUCAGGGUCCAAAAAAAGUUGACUGGGCAAGAAGCUAUGGCUCAGUUGGCUACAGCCAAGGAGAAGCCCGUCAUGAGUUAUUAGAAAUGCUUUGCUAUUUUUCCAGUUUGUUUUUUGUUUUGCUAAGCUAAGAAUUGUAAAUAUCACUCAUUUUUGUUACACUUGUACUUUAAAAGGUGCUUAUACUUAAACAAGUGGACUCCCUCUACUAAGAGGUCUGCUUAGAGGUCGGGUCAUAGAGAAAUUUUCGUGUUUUGCUCUAGCCUGCGUAGCUGGCGGAAUUCAUUUUGUGCGUGUCACAGUUUUGGUGGCGAAGCCGCAUUUCUAAUGCGAAGGCGCGACCAAGUUUCUCUUCUCCAUCCUCGAUACUGCUUCGGAGCUCCUCUGCCAAGAAUUUGCUACGCCAUAAAUUAUGAUCUCGCCCGGGACGCAGGCUAGGUUCGCUGUGCAGGUUGCCUUCAUGCCAACGCCAUGUUUAAUUGCCCUUUGAUGCAAUCAUCGGUAACCGAGCCUUAAGUCAUGGUAAAUGAAGUAUAUGCUUAUUAAGUUACUAUAACUCAAAAAAACAAACAAACAAAUUUUUUAUAUAGUCUCAAAAAGAACGGAGCUCAGGUUAACGUUGAAUUUACGUUAGGAGGCAUGAAAAGGACUAGGGUCACUCAUGAUAGACGUAUCAGUUGUGAAAGAGAGUUGAUUAUAGUUUGUAUUGAAAUUUUCCGGUAUUUGGGCUGGCCGUUGUGAUUGUGUACUGGUAAGGGAGGAAGGUUAGCCUGGUUAGAUUAUUUAUUUUGUGAAUUUCUUUGAAGCACUUUCAAUAGACAUUCAGUUCCGUAACCUACUCCAGUGAACACACACAUUAAAAACAAGGUCGAGCGUUGAAUGGACAGUUUCAUAGAAUUCGCUGUAUUUUGUCACCGCAAGCCUUGAGUUGUGCCUUUGUUCACCGGCAUUUGAGAAGAAAACAGGUGCCAGUGAACUUUCGCGCAGACUCCUGGGACUGUUGCCAGGGAGGGGAAAAAUUGACCAGUAGCUGAUUAGCGCGCCCCUGUAACGAUCCCAGAAGUCUGGGAAAGUCAAGUCGGUCGAGUUUCCUCAUUUCUAAAGUGACCAGUGAACAGUGUCUUCAAAAUCUCAGCGCUUGUUUACGAAUGAGUAAUUUGCGUCUAUCCCUGAACUGAAUAUCAGUGGCCUCUUGAAUGUAUAGAAAUUGUUAAGAGCCUUGUGGCUCUCCUCUUUACUCUGGUGUAAUGGGGAGUUGGACAGACAUCCUUUGUGCACUAGCUUAGCUGACUUUCAAGAUUAUCUUAUUAAUGGGAAAUGUUUGAAAUGAACAGCAGGCUCUGACGAUAAAAAUGUUCGAAACUUCAUCGGUCUAUUUGACCCAGCACAGAAU